AUGCUGCCCAAUGAUUCUGCUAAGCACCUCGCCAUUCUAGAUGGUGCCAUGGACACUGCCAAUUUUACUCGGAAUGGGACUUCAAGCGGCGCCCAAUGCAGUGCCAUCCUUAUCUCAUUCAUCUACUCAGUGGUGUGCUUUGUUGGAUUGUGUGGGAACUCCCUGGUCAUAUACGUGAUCCUAAGAUAUGCCAAAAUGAAGACGGCCACUAAUAUAUACAUCUUGAACUUGGCCAUCGCCGAUGAGUUACUUAUGCUAAGCGUGCCCUUUCUGGUGACCUCGACCUUGCUGGGUCACUGGCCUUUUGGGUCCUUGCUUUGUCGCCUUGUACUGAGCGUGGAUGCCAUCAACAUGUUCACCAGCAUCUACUGCCUCACUGUCCUCAGUGUGGACAGAUACAUUGCUGUGGUGCACCCCAUCAAAGCUGCCAGUUACAGAAGACCCACCAUAGCUAAAAUGGUCAACUUAGCAGUGUGGCUCAUGUCCAUCAUGGUUAUCCUGCCCAUCAUUAUCUUUGCAGACACAGCCACCAACUCUGAUGGCUCGGUUGCGUGCAACAUGCAGAUGCCGAAGCCUACCAAGAAGUGGCUAGCGGGCUUCGUGGUCUACACGUUUUUAAUGGGGUUUCUCAUUCCCGUCGCCGCCAUCUGCCUGUGCUACAUCCUCAUCAUUGUCAAAAUGAGAGUGGUGGCUCUUAAAGCAGGCUGGCAACAGCGCAAAAAGUCGGAGAGAAAGAUCACCUUGAUGGUCAUGAUGGUGGUGACGGUGUUUGUGAUGUGCUGGAUGCCCUUUUACAUAGUUCAGCUGGUGAAUGUCUUUGUGGGACAGCAAGACGCGACUGUCAGCCAGCUGGCCGUCAUCUUGGGAUACGCCAACAGCUGUGCCAACCCCAUCCUCUACGGCUUUCUCUCGGACAACUUUAAGAGAUCGUUCCAGAGAAUCUUGUGCCUACGAUGGAUGGACAAUGUUGCAGAAGAACCCAUAGAUUACUAUGCCACAGCUCUGAAAAGCAGAGCAUACAGCGUUGAAGACUUCCAACAGGACCCGCUGGAGUCGAAUAGUGUGUAUCGCAACGGUACCUGUACGUCAAGGACCACUACCCUCUGA